GGUGGUUCUAGUUAGGGUCAGAGCACUGACACGCAGUGGCAGCGAAGGACAGGUUUUUAUAAGACUUGACCAUUUCAAUGUUCAACCCCAUGAGCAGGAGACGACCUGGGAAGGAGUGUAAUAAAGUGCUUAUUGGAUCUGCCCGUGCCACAGAGACUUGGAAGGCUAACAGGGUCUCAUUUCCAGGAGUAAUCACAAAAAGAAGAACGGCAUGAUCCACCUCAUUUCUCCUAACAGCCUCCAGGAUUAAUGCCUCCACUGAUUUAAUUACAAGUGAGGCACGGCAUCAGGAGGAUGAACCAGAGGAGAGAGACACAUGCAAACUCUUCAACUCUCAUUAACCUGACGGCUCAUCAUGAUUCUGUUGGUGGUGACCAGCCUGCUGCAGGAGAUCUACCUGACUGAAGGAGCAGUCCUCGACCCGUGCUCCGCCUACAUCAGCCUGAACGAACCCUGGAGGAACACGGACUACCACGUCAACCAGUCGUCCGGCGUCCCUCUGUGUGACAGCCACGUGUCUGGGGAAUGGUACCGCUUCACCGGCAUGGCAGGGGAAGCCAUGCCCACCUUCUGUAUCUCUGAGAAGCACUGCGGCACCCACGCUCCCAUAUGGCUGAAAGGCAGCCACCCCCAACUCCAGGAAGGCAUCGUCACCCUGCCCGCGUGCGCCAGCUUCAAUGGGAACUGCUGCCAGUGGAACGCCAGCGUGGACGUGAAGGCCUGCAGCGGAGGGUACUUUGUGUAUCGCCUGCCCAGACCCUCGGUGUGCUUCCAUGUUUACUGUGGCCAUUUCUACGAUAUCUGUGAUGAGGUGGACUGCACGGGUCCAAGAUGUCCCAAGUCUGACUGUCGCUGUGGAACUGGGACCGCCCUGGGACCGGACAGACAAACAUGCCUGGAUGUGAAUGAAUGUGAGAAGGGAAAUGGAGGCUGUGCAGAGGUGUGUGUGAACACCAAAGGCUCCUGGCGCUGCGAGUGCGGGCCGGGCCGUGUGCUGGGCGAGGACGGACUCACCUGCAGAGAGAUAGCCGGCUGUCACGUUAACAAUGGAGGCUGCAGCCACAGCUGCUCCUCUCUGAAAGACUCCUAUCACUGCAGCUGUCCCCGAGGGCUGGAGCUGGGAGAGGACAAACGCACAUGUCAGGUCCCAGUCCAGUGUGAUUCCAGCUCUAUCGUUGUAUCGGUUCCCAAGGACCUCGUUGGAGGACUGGAGCUCACCCUGUCCAACUCGUCCUGCAGAGGCGUCUCUAACGGCACACACAUCAACCUCAGCUUCAGCCUGAAGACCUGCGGCACAGUGGUGGAGGUGACAGACGACAAGAUUGUGGGGACCAACCUGGUGACCGGCCUCCCCCGCAGCAGCCCGGGCAGCAGCAGAGACGUGAUAGUCCGCACCAGUAAACUAGUUCUCCCGGUCACCUGCGAGUUCCCCAGAGAGUACCAGGUGUCAGACGGGUACCAGGCCAGUCUGCGCAGCUCGGCCCUGGAGCUGGCGGGACACAGCGAGGGAGUCUUCCCCUUCGCUCUGGAGCUCUUCAAGAGCUCGGAGUUCUCCGAGCCGUACCGGACCCCGCCCCAGCUCCGCCUCCACGACUCCCUGUUCUUCGGGGUGGAGCCGAGGGACAGGGUGGAGGGUCUGUCUGCUCUGGUGGAGAACUGCUUUGCCACACCGGGACCCAAAGCUGACCAGGCCCUGAAGUAUUACCUCAUCAGAGACGGGUGCAUCUCAGAUGAAACUGUGACUCAAUACUCAUCAAAGGACCAGCUCUCCAAGCAUUACCAGGUCCCCGUCUUCAAGUUCAUUGGCAAGGACAACCGACAAGUGUUCCUGCACUGCCAGGUGUUGGUGUGUGGAGCAGGAGACUCCCGCUGCGCUCAGCGCUGUCGAGGACGAGUCCGCAGAGAGGCUCAGACCGGUGAACCUCAGGAGCAGCACACUCUGAGCGGAGGCCCCAUCUUCAUCCUGCCUGAGCCGGGACGCUAAUACAAAGUCACUGACUCAAGAACAAGCUAGCAGCUGCUGCUAUGAACACAUUAUCUCUGCAGAGUAACAUUUACAUGAACACCAACAAUACCAGAUUCAUUAACUACCAGACGGAUGCUGUAUUGAUUGCCUUUAAGUUAUUUGUAUGUAAAUUCAUUAAUCAGUGUAAAGUGCUUUAAACAAAGGAAAUAAAGGAUCUGAAGUGUC